AAAAAUUGUAAAUUUUUUUAAUAAAAUUUUGUUAUGCUAAUGGCGAUAUGAUUUUUCGCUGGAUGUCGGACGGAGGCCGCACAGGGGUUAAAGUUCAGUAGAGGGAUGCAGGGUCAAACCUAUUGGCCAACUCGUAAUGGAGUGGAGGCCUGGUCUAAGACAGAAAUUCUGGGUGGGGGUUUAUAUACUGAACGUAGAAAAGGCUGUCACAUGACACCUUGUCCUGUCUGUGUCCCUGGGGGCGUCCCGAUGAAAUAGUUAAGCUUUGAACAGAAAUACAAUUCUCUCACAUUAACAUCAGUACAUAGCAUCUCAACAUAUUCCAAAUAGCUUUAUCCUUAUUAAUACAUUUUAUACAACCAUUUAGAUGUAAGUCCCAUAGCUGAGGCUAUUAUAUAAACAUUAUUAUGGUAAUAUGGCAAUAUUGUCUCUCGUGGGUGUCAUAAAAUUGUACCAAGCGGACCAGUUCGUAGCUGGAUUCUUCACCAAUCUUUUAUACCUUCUCCAGAACAUAAAUGUCGUUUGGUUCCCCCGUCCGGUGAGGUGGAAGAAUUCCUUUGUCUCUCUAUGAAACCAUUCUGUCUCAAAACUGUGGCCUGUGAGGCAGAACAUUCCCUUUGGAAUUUACGACCGCCUUCUGACCUAAGCAGCCUGGGGAGAGCAACAAAAAUGAGAAGGUUGUCUCGUUUGCUUGAAUUUACAGCUUUACUUGUGAUCAGCAUUCUGUGCUUGGUCAUCAUUUUUAUUAAAGAGGACAUUCGUCCUAAAAAACCCUCAAACCAUUUCCAGAUAAACAGGAGGGAAUCAACCUAUCAAAACAGACCUCAGAAACCAACCAGUGAGAGCGCAGGUGUUUCUACCUGGGUUCAUUGUGAACGGAAUGAGUCUGCAGCCAAUGUGUCAGGGUUUUCCUCUCUGCCAGUUCACAUCCAAGACUUCCUCUUCUAUCGUCACUGCCGCCACUUCCCAAUGCUGCUGGAUGUACCUGAUAAAUGUAGAGGCCCUCACAAGUCUGCUGACGUCUUCCUUCUGCUGGUCAUAAAAAGCUCACCUGCGAAUUAUGACCGCCGUGAGGUACUACGGAAAACAUGGGCCAAGGAGAGACUGCAGAAUGGAGUCUGGAUCCAGAGGAUUUUUCUCUCGGGAACAACAGGCACAGGCUUUGAGAAGCGCAAGCUAAACAAGCUUCUACAACUGGAGAACCGUGAGCAUAAUGACAUCUUGCAGUGGGACUUCAUCGACUCCUUCUUCAACCUCACCCUGAAGCAGAUUUUGUUCUUAGAAUGGAUGGACAAGAACUGCCGCCAGGCCCGAUUUCUCCUCAACGGUGACGAUGAUAUCUUCGCCAACACAGAUAACAUGGUGGACUACCUUCAGAGUCUAAAAGACAAUGAUGGUGACAAGCACCUUUUUGCAGGUCAUCUAAUCCGCUAUGUAGGACCCAUUAGAGAGUCAGGGAGCAAAUACUAUGUCCCAGUCCAGGUUCAAGAGUCAGACUCAUAUCCCCCUUACUGUGGGGGAGGGGGCUUCCUGCUCUCUGGAAACACAGCUAUGGUCAUUUACAAAAUGACCCAUACCAUUCCCAUUUUGCCAAUUGAUGAUGUCUACAUGGGAAUGUGUCUGGAGAAGGCUGGUCUUGGGCCAGAGUCCCAUUUCGGAGUCAGGACUGCUGGACUUAAUGUCCCCUCCCAAAACGUGGACACUUACGAUCCUUGUUAUUACAGGGAAAUCAUUUUAGUACACAGAUUUCUGCCACAUCAGAUAUAUAUUAUGUGGCACGGAAUACAUGAACCUAACUUGAAAUGUAGUAAUUCGCAAGGUUCUCUUUAGUCAUCUGUCCUGUUGAAAUCAGUUGCCUGCUGAGGUUUGUUUUUCUAGUCUUUUUUUUCCAAAUGUGUGAUGUCUGAAAGUUGUUUUUGUUGUUGUUGUAAAUACAGACUAAUUUUAAGAUGUAAGUUAUGGGAUUGAUUGCUUCUUCUGUGUAUGUACAUAGAAAUGGUCAAAGUUUAUAUAAUGUAUUGUUUUAAGUCAGUAUCACUUCUUUCUAUUUAAUAAAUGAAAACAUGCAUAUUAAAAAGAAAAUAUGAUAUUGAUUCUAUAUCAAACGCUAAUAAAAUAAAAUGCAUCUUU